CCCCGGCAGCGCCGCAAGCGGGUUCCCAGCGCCGAGGGACCCCCGAGCUCGUCCCGCCGCUCCCAGUCCCAGAUGGUGGUGAUCGAGCAAAACGGGUCCUUCCAGCUCAAGAACUUCAUCUGCGACCACUGUUUCGGGGCCUUUCGGAGCAGUUACCACCUCAAACGGCACAUCCUCAUCCACACUGGGGAGAAGCCCUUUGAGUGCGACGUGUGCGACAUGCGCUUCAUCCAGAAGUACCACCUCGAGCGGCACAAGCGGGUGCACAGUGGGGAGAAGCCCUACCAGUGCGAGCGCUGCAUGCAGAGUUUCUCCCGCACGGACCGGCUCCUGCGGCACAAGCGGAUGUGCCAGGGCUGCCAGGGCAAGACCCCCCCUGACUCCCAGCUCCUGCUGUGAAAUUCUGGGAAUUCUGGGGGUGCUGGAGGAAGGGGGAGCCUCCCUCCUGCACCCCCCACCCUCUGCAUCCUCUGCUUCACCCGGAUUUUUCACCCUGAGCUGAGAACUCCUAAAAAAACCUGGAGCGUUCCCAGUGUGAAAAACUCGGAUCUUUCCCACCCUUCUGGCCUAAAAACUGGGAUAAUGAGCCCAAAAAUCGUCCUGGAAUCUUCAAGCUGUGCCCUCCUCAUCGUUGGAUCCCUAAAUCCACCCCACAUUCCCCCACAGGACAGACUGGGAGCCCCCAAACUGCUCCAAAUCCCAGCAGGUUUGAGGUACCUAGGACAUAGGUAGGAGGGUCCCGCUGGGAAUGACAUCUCCAAACCUGCUUUUUUGGGGGGAAAAAGGAGGAAAACUAAGGAUUUUGGGGGGUGUCCCGGCUUCAGGAGGGUGGCAAAUUCCCCCUUUUUAUGGAAAACAGAAAGAGAAUGAGGAACUUGGGGGUGUCCCUGUUUUGGGACUCGGCAGCACUUCCCAUUCCCUCUGGAAUUCCUGUGGAUUCCAGGGACGUUUCUCCUGUUUCCACGUGGUUUUGGGAGGGGCUCCCUGUGUCUCCCCCUGCACCUGUGGGGGGGGCUGCACCUGGAGGGGGGGUGAAGGGACCCCCAUUUCCCAGAAAACCCCAUUCCCAGGGGGAGGAAAAUCCUGGAAACCUCCAUUCCCUGGGGUGGGAAAACCAUGGAUCUGCUGAGGGGGAGUGGCUGGAAGAUCCAGGAUGUCCCAAAAAACUCUGGGGGUCCCCCCCAGUGCUCCCCCCCACAUUUUGGGGGUCUCAUGCCUCCCCCAAUCACAGACUGCUCCAAGGGGGGACAAAGCUGAUGAAUUUUGGCCCCCCCUUUUUUUUUGGUGCCCUGACCCCCCUUUCUGGACCUGCAGGACUUUGGGGACACCCCCCCCAAUGACGCUUCAAAAAAGGCUUUGGCUCUGCUGAGCCCCCCCCCCCCUAAAUUUGGGGGUCAAGGAGGGUGGUU